ACCAAUCGCACAUCAAAACAACAAAAACAUGGCGGCUAUGGGAUGAAAACCCGUUUCCUGUAGUUUGAAGAAGUUUGCAAAGCAAGGAAAUGCUGUUUGCCCACAAAAAACCAGUGUCUCCAAUGAAGUUAGGAACUUUGGUAUUGCAGUCUCUUGAGGAUGAGCCUCAGUUGGUACAAGCCUGCUUCCAUGGUGAUCCAGAUGAAGUCAGAGCAUUGCUUUACAAGAAAGAAGAUGUUAAUUACCAGGAUGCGGAGAAGAGAAGCCCACUACAUGCAGCUGCAUAUUGUGGAGAAGCGGAGAUUGCCGAUCUGCUGAUAAUGAGUGGAGCACGUGUUAACACUAAAGACAACAAAUGGCUGACUCCACUUCACAGAGCAUGCUGUUCAAAGAGUGAUGACACAGUUGAAACAUUACUCAGACAUCAGGCGGAUGUAAACGCACGUGACAAGAACUGGCAAACUCCGCUGCACGUAGCAGCAGCUAACAAUGCAGUGAGAUGUGCGGAGUAUCUUAUACCACUACUGACCAAUGUUAACGUAUCGGACCGCGCUGGAAGAACCAGUUUACAGCAUGCCUCAUUCAACGGCCACAAAGAGAUGGCCAAGCUUCUUCUUGAGAAAGGAGCCACAAUAAAUGCCUUUGAUAAGAAGGACCGAAGGGCCAUACACUGGGCGGCUUAUAUGGGGCACACUGAGCUUGUCCGCUCUCUAGUGGAGUAUGGUGCAGAACUCAACUGUAGAGAUAAACAGAUGUACACCCCCUUACAUGCGGCAGCCUCUAGUGGACAGGUCAGUGUGGUCAAGCUCCUUCUAGAGCUGGGAGUGGAAGUGGACGCUGUCAAUGUCCAUGGUAACACGGCCCUCCACAUAGCAUGUUUGAAUGGACAAGACGUGGUGGUCACUGAACUCCUGCAGUUUGGAGCUUCCAUUAAUGCUGUCAAUCACAGGGGAAUGACUCCUUUGCAUUAUGCUGCCUCAUCCACACACGGAGGGAUCUGUUUAGAGAUAUUAGUGACAGAGGGGGCCAACACAAAGACACAGUGCAAUGAUGGGCGAUCCCCUUUACAUAUGACUGCAGUGCAUGGUAGAUUUACUCGAGCACAGACUCUACUCGAGCACGGGGCAGAUAUUGAUGUGUGUGAUAAGUUUGGGAACACCCCCCUUCAUAUAGCUGCCAGAUAUGGACAUGAGCUAUUGAUAAACACGCUACUAGAGAAUGGAUCAGAUCCAAUGAAGCGAGGCACCAGUGGCAUGCUUCCUGUUCACAUCGCAGCUUUAAAUGGCCACGUGGACUGUGUAAAGAAGCUCCUCACGGCCAUGGUUGACCUGGAAAUCGACAUCACGGACAACUUUGGGAGAACCUGCCUCCAUGGGGGAGCAUGUAGUGGGAGAGUAGAAGUGGUGGAUCUAUUGUUGAAGAUGGGAGCAGAUGUGCUGUGUGCAGACCAUGAAGGGAGGGUGCCUUUACAUUACGCCAGUGCACACGUUCACGGUCAGUGUGUAAUGUCCCUUAUAAAUGCAGGCCGAGCUGCUGUCAAUAUCACUGACAGACGAGGCUGUACACCUCUACACUAUGCCUCGGCUUGGGACCAUGAUGCAAAAGUUGUGGAACUGCUACUUAAGAAUGAUGCCAGACCAAGCAUAAGAGACCACGAAGGUUUUAACACGUUACACUAUGCAGCUGUGAAGGGACACAGGCUGACCUUAGAAAUGUUAUUAGACUGUGCCUCAACAGAUUUAAUACGAAGUGGAGCUCCCUUGUCUCCAGCCCAUAUAGCGGCCUAUAAUGGACAUAAUGAAGCACUUCACAUACUCCUAGGCUGUAUCAUGAAUCUGGAUAUCCGAGAUUCGCAUGGACGGACUAUGCUCGACCUGGCUUGUCUCCAUGGCCAUGCCGAGUGUGUGGAGACACUCUUACUACAAGGUGCCGCCAUUUUGGUCCAGGAUAGCACCACCAGAAGGACACCACUUCACUCAGCAGCUAUGAAUGGACAUACCGAAUGUUUACGGCUGCUGAUGGAAACAGCUGAAGACAGCAAUAUCGUAGAUUGUACAGAUGUUUAUGAAAGAACUCCAUUAAUGAUGGCUGUGGCCAAUGGACAUGUAGACACAGUGUUAUACCUCAUAGCUAAUGGUGCCAUAGUCAACGCUAAAGAUAGCCAAGGAAGGACUGCUUUACAUAGAGGGGCUGCCAAUGGACAUGAGGAGUGUGUAGAUGCCCUCCUACAUAAUGGAGCUGAUGUUACUGUCCGGGACCACAGAGGGAGAAUGCCUGCCUACCUGGCUGCCACCUGUGGUCAGGUGUGCAUACUGUCCAAUCUCCUCGCGAUGGGACCUAGCAGUAGUAAAUCUGAGGAUCAGUUAGGAUAUACACCUUUACACAUAGCUUGUUAUAAUGGCCAAGACAACUGUGUGGAAACCAUUUUAGAACAAGAAAAAAUAACAGAGCUUUCAGGGAACCCCUUCUCACCUCUUCAUUGUGCUGUGAUAAAUGGAAAUGAUACUUGUACAGAAAUUUUAUUAGAAGCUUUAGGUGAUAAAAUUGUGAACUUAACAGAUAGCAAAGGAAGGACACCCUUACAUGCGGCAGCCUUCAGUGACCAGUGUGAAUCUAUGCAAAUGUUACUUAACCAUGGGGCACUGGUCAAUCACUGUGAUACAACGGGGAAAUCCCCUAUCAUGCUUGCUGCAGCCAAUGGCCAUGCAGCAGCAGUAGAAUUAUUAUUAGAGCAAAAUGCUGAUCUUUCGUUAACUGAUAAUGAGGGAAAUUCUUGUCUACAUUUUGCCUGCUCAAGAGAGCAUGAAAAUGUGGCACUUCUUCUCUUAGACAAAAUCAAUGAUUCCAAUAUCUGUAAUAUAGCAAAUCAUGAACUAAAAACGCCCUUGCAUAUAGCAGCUAAAUAUGGUUUAACUCCUGUUGUACAAGAUCUUAUUACUAAAGGCAGCAGUGUUUUUGCUAUAGAUGAAAAUGGCCAUACUCCGGCCUUGGCAUGUGCUCCCAAUAACCGUGUGGCCGACUGUCUAGCCAUUAUUCUCGCUCAUAUGCCUCUUGCCCCAACCCCUAACAACGUCUAUCCCAGAACCAAUCGAUUUGACAGCAGUACGCCUAAUAACACAUUUGGGGGGACUAGAACACUGGAACCAACAGGGGACCAGAUUAGCAUAGGAAGCCCAUCAAGUUCUGUCCAAGACGUAAAAGAACACUCUGGUUCAUAUCAAAGUUCUGACUCGGAGUUCUAUUGAAACAUAAAAUAAAAUAUAUCAGAGAUCUGGAGGGCAUGAACAUCCCCACUAAACCAUGUGGAUAAUAUCCGAAUGUCUGACCUGUGAGAAUUUGUGCUUACUGCCAUGAAGUUACCAUUUCUACAGGGGACCAAUUUUUUGUAAAUGGAAAUUUUGAGUGGAUGCAAUUUCAUGUUUUUCGUUGUUGCUGUUACAAGUUAAUGAGAAAGCAAACAUUCAAGCAAGUUAUUGAAAGUGAGACCACUGAAAUGAAAGAAAACCAUUUUAUUGAGAGUGCAUAUUUAUCACACAGCCAUCGUACACACAUAAAAUGCUUAUCUGACCACCCCAAUAUUAUGAAACAAACAAAGAAAAUUUUGAGACAUGUUUGGCAUGUUGCCUUAUAGCUUCCUUUGAUGAGUUUAAGAAGUUAUGCAACUUGAUCUAUUAUUGCUGUCUAAGUUCCAUAAAAUGUUACCAAUUUUAUAUGUUUUUCUAAGCAAGUGAUAUUAAAGAGGGAUAUAGUUUAAAAGAGAGAAAUGACAUAUGAUACCAAUAUCUCCUUUAGAAUUUUCUUUAGAGAUGUGGACAAGUUACCUGAGAAAGGAUUUCUUCCCCUAAAUUUUUCAUUUAACUAUUUAGAUUCUCACUUGAUGUACAUGUAUUUUUGGUGCUUAACUGUAGUCACUGAGAACAUUCUGAUUCCUACCUCAUUAUUUUCAGGGUAGGAAAGUGGACAGUAUACAUGUAUAUGCAGUAUCUAAUUUUGCUAUACAGUCCGUGCUGAUACCAGAAUUGUCUCUUCAUCUUGUGCAAGAAAUCUGUUGGUUUUUUCCGUUCUUUUUUAUUUUCCUAGCUUAACUUGUCAAAACACAAUGCGACUUUUCUCCUGAAUUAAUUUAAGUGGGGACCAGUGAGUUACUGUCUGAUUAGGGUUUUUUUGGCAAUUAACUUCCAGUUUUAAUUGAGAUACUAGUAUAAAUUAUUAAAUGCAAAUUUUGUACUGAAAGUAGCUUCAAUAUUAGGAAGUGCUAUUAUACAACUAAGCUUGUAUCAGGUUCUGAUAAGUUCUUAAUUUAUUAGUUUAUUAUUGAUUUUUAAAACUCUUUCGUUUCUACCAAGUAGAGAUUUGAUUGUCUUAUUAGAUGAGACAAGAACUGCCGGUGUUAUGAAAUGUUUCUCUUAAUAAAUUUCAAUGUAAAUACUUGUACUUAAAGAUGUUCAAUUUUUUUAUACAGAUUUAUUUAACACAAGAUAUAGAUAUACCUAUAUUAUAGAAAACUCAUGUAUAUUUAAUCGUUUGAUAUACAUGUGUAUAUAAAGAAUUAUAAGUAUUUUAUUCAAAAGUUUUCACAUUUAUAGUGUCUCAUUAAAUCAGUAUUUAAAAUUAAUUUUUUUUGCCAACUCUAUCUUAAUUAUAUAACUAUUUGUGUUAAUAGUAUGCUAGUAACAUGUAUACUAUAGGACCAAUUUAUAUACUGCCUUUGUUAACUACAUGUACAUGUUAUUUAGUAUACUGGGGAUUGCUAGUUAUAAGCACAAAUCAUAUCCAUAUACAGUCAAACCUUUUUAUCUCGAAGUCGAUGGGACCGAGAAAAAAGUUCGAGAUAUUCAAGGAUUCAAGAUAUCAGGGGUAAAAUACUUAAAGAAUAAGUGGUUGGGACUUCAAAAUCACUUUGACAUAUCCAUGGUAUUCGAAAUAUCAGUGUUCGAGAUAUCAAAGUUCAACUGUAUUGUAACUCAGAGUUUCAUUUUUAGAAACUGUGCUGGAAAUAGAAUUUUAACACCAAAUUUACACAAACAUACAGAUAUUUUUUUCAGCCUGUUGUUCCAGCAUAAAAGUUUUGAUUAGAUAAGCUUAAGAUUCCUAACCUGUGUAUUUAAAGUUGAAAUGUAUAUAGCUUUUCAUACAAACCAUUUAAAUGCUUUAUUGAGUAAUGGAAUCAUUUCAAUGCUUUAUUAGAUCAUUUUCAGUGUUUCAUUACCAUUUAAAGGGUAUACAAAUAUAAUAAUUUAGCAAGUUUUCAAGGGAAAUAAUUUUUUAUUAAUGCUUAUCAGUCUUGUAAGGAAUAUAAUAAGUUGCUUUAUUGGGUCAUCCAGGGAGUUUUUUGUCAAAGCUUUUCUGUAAAAACAGUAAAAUCACUUAUUUUAGUGUGGAAAAUUUUUCGGGUUUUGAUGAAAAAGAGAUUUAAUUUAGUAAUUGAAGUUGACAGACAAACAUGAUACUUAGUUUGAAAUUUCGUGGAGGACAUUAAUGGGUGGGUUGUGUCGUACCAUGAAAAUCAACCACACAAAAAUUAUUAGUAAUUUCACAGUAUUUAAACAAAAAGGAAAAAAGGGAGACAACUUUAAAAGUCAUUUAUUGCAAUGUUAAAAUACUUCUUUAGAUAUCAUUUUGUGAGAGGAAACACAAAUUUCAUAAUCAGAAAGCACCCAUAUUCCCGAAGAGAGAAUUGGUCUACUCAUAUCACAGGUUAUAUUUUUGUGUGUAUGUAUUACCUUGAUUGGUUGGUUGAAAUUACUUUUAAUUUUUUCCCAAUGUUGUUGAAUUUUCAGAGUUUAAGUACAAGUUGAAUUUAAAUUGCAUUCUUAUGAUGAAAUAACCCAGAUUUUGUUUGCAGUAGAGAUUUCUAAUGGUUGUCCAAAUUCAGUAAUAAAAUAAAUGGCUGUGGGUUUCUAGCUAACUUCAAAGAAUUAU